AUGGGCACUCAGCGGUCUGUGUUAUCGAACGGCUCACAAUCCAUGACGCUCGCGAACAAGUUCAAGAUGCGCUGCUUGGAAGCUCGCCGCGUGCGCAACCGCACCCUAGAGGCAUCCAACAUCUUGGAGCAGAUCCAAGACCACCACGUAACAGUGGAGCAGUUCUUUCAAGCCCGAGAUGCCACGGUGGAGCAAUUUGAAAAGAGCCUGGCGGCCAAGGUGCAUAGAUUGGAGGAUGAGCCUUCCGAGCGGUUGUAUCUUCCUGACAUGCCCAGAUUUGAAAGGUUUCAAGCAUGGUUGCAAUCUCAUCGUUUUGAUGGCGUCAUUACCAUCCUGCUUGGCCUCAACGUCAUUUGGAUGGCUGCAGAGCUGCAGAUCACCGGCUCCUUUCAGGGCGUCCUGGUCGGAGUUCAGAGCACCUCCAUCAUCGAUCUGGAGUACCGCGACUCGACCCAGCGCUUCUUCCAGAUUGGUGAUUAUGUCUUUACUGGGUUCUUCACCAUGGAUGUGCUCCUGCGCAUUGUGGUCUUGGGCCGGAAAUUUUGGAUGGUGUGCAUGAACUAUAUCGAUGCUUUGGUGACGGUGGUCUCCAUCGUGAACCCAUGUCACCCCGUCGCCUGGUCCAUUUGUGGCGCUCAGUCAGGAUUGCUCCGCAUCGGCAAGCUGGCCAGAGCCCUUCGACUCGUAACUCUCUCCAAUACCCUGGGAGCAUUGGAGUUGCUCACCAAAUGCUUGAUGGCCAGCGUCGACAUGCUCUUCUGGACUUUCUGCUUGCUCGCAUGCGUCCAAUGCGUGGCUGGGAUGUUGGUGAGUGGCUUGUGCCGGGAGUUCAUUGAGCAGACCGAGAAUGACCCGCAGUAUCGAGAAGAGGUCUACAGAUACUAUGGGACCUUUUCGCGCACAUUUUUAUCCAUGUUUGAGAUUUUGUUUGCGAACUGGGGCCCUCCAUGCCGAGUGCUGGUGGAGAACGUGAGCGAAUGGUUUUCACUCUUCUUCCUCCUUUACCGUUGUGUGGUUGGCUUUGCCCUUUUGAACGUUGUGAACGCAGUGUUCGUCCAGCAGACUAUGAAAACUGCCAGUUCAGAUGAAGAGCUGGCUUUCAAGCAGAAAGAGCGGGACGUGGCGUUGUAUACUCGCAAGGUCCGAAAGCUUUUUCAAUCCAUGGAUGACAGUGGAGAUGGGGCAUUGAAUUUGGAAGAGUUUGCCAAGCUGGCGAAUUCGCCCAAACUGAAGUUCUGGAUGAGCCAGCUGGAGUUGGAGUAUCAUGACCUCUUGAGCCUUUUUGAAUUCUUGGACAACGGUGAUGGCCAGAUCACCUUGGCAGAGUUCAUUGAUGGCGCCGGACGCCUGAAAGGCAGCGCCAAGGCGAUCGACGUGUGGCGGCUGGAGACCAAGGUCGAGGCGCCGAUGGAAAGCACCGGUGGCGGUCGAUCGAUCCGUGAGACUGGUCUAUUCAAUAUUAUAUUGGGAGGUGCUUGUUUUUUGGGGGGCCGGAGACUGUUGGCAUAUAUAUAUGGAUAUAUGUUCAUCAUAUCAUUCCAACAAUAUGGAUGA